CGUUCUCCCGCUGACGUUGAGCGCUAAUUGGAGCGAUGAGCCCUAAGAACCAAUCAGCAGCACGGACCUGAGACCUAUCCAAUGAGAGCCGGCGAUGGGCGAGCUUUGCGCCGCGGCGCCGAGCUACGGGUGCCGGGUGGAGUGAAGGACGGAAUGUGUCUCUUGCUGGGGGCCACGGGCGUCGGGAAGACGCUGCUGGUGAAACGGCUGCAGGAGGUGAGCUCCGGGGAUGGGAAGGGCGACCUGGGGGAGCCGCCCCCGACACGGCCCACGGUGGGCACCAAUCUUACUGACAUCAUGGCACAGAGAAAGAUCACCAUCCGGGAGCUGGGAGGGUGCAUGGGCCCCAUCUGGUCCAGUUACUAUGGAAACUGCCGUUCUCUUCUGUUCAUGAUGGAUGCCUCUGACCCCACCCAACUCUCUGCAUCCUGCGUGCAGCUCUUAGGUCUCCUUUCUGCAGAACAACUUGCAGAAGCAUCAGUGCUGAUACUCUUCAAUAAAAUCGACCUACCCUGUUACAUGUCCACGGAGGAGAUGAAAUCGUUAAUCAGGCUUCCAGACAUCAUUGCUUGUGCCAAGCAGGACAUCACCACGGCAGAAAUCAGCGCCCGGAAAGGCACUGGCUUGGCAGGGGUGCUAGGCUGGCUCCAGGCGACCCACAGAGGCAGUGGUUGACUGCAUGGCUAGCCCUCGCUGGGGAGAGGAGGCAGAGGGCAGUGUGGCUUUGCUGCCAAUACUUCUCACUGGACAGAAUAACCCAGCGUAGCCCUACAUGAUGGGUAAACUGAGGCAUGCAGAGAGGGAAGUUCUUGACAUCUGGCCCCUGAAAAACCUGUCCCCAGGCUGGGUGAGCAGGGCCUGCAGGUGGCUGAGUGACCUGCAUCCUGGAGUGGUGCUAUUGGGGUAGGCUCCUCUUCUGCCAGGGAUCUGUCCCCAAGGAGUGUAGACUGCACAGUGCCACUGAGACCUGGCUUCUUGCUGUAGCACAAGCUCCAGCCUGCCUGAGCUGCUGGUUCCCUGACCCCGCAUCCCCACGGACAGCACGAGGCAGCACAGGCUCCAACCUGCCU